GACCUGGUAUUUGCAGUUUUAAUGAACUCUAUCACUCCACGUCUGGCAUUUCAAGUAAAUAGCUCCUUAAAUUUGCCCGAUAUAUCAUUCUGCACUCUUGAUGUAUUGAUUUCCGGGGGCAUGCAGGCGUUGCUCGCUUAACAGACUUAUUAAACCGUAUUUCGACGUGCAUGCAUUCUCUGACAGUAGCAAACGAGUCUACGAAAACUUUGGUCUCUCAAUGUAUUAUGCAAGUCAUAUAUGCUUUUCCUAUGAAUCCCAAAUUUUUGAAGUUAAAAAUAUUUUCGUCGCUGUUCCAGGGCAUUUCAUUUCCGAUUUCCUCAUUGUUCCUCGUUUUAUUGCUUCUUCCGUCGAUUGCCUCAUGCUUUCCCUACUUUGGCAUUACCAUCUCGUCCUGUUACUACUAUUGGGCAUCUACUGUCACCGUGCUCAAGCUUAUCUUCAUGAGCCCCAUCCUCCGUUUACCAUCACGAGACCUCUGCGAGAUCAACUGAUUCAUCGAGGUGAAACUGUAACAGUAACAUGGGAGCUUAGUGCGGGAACCAAAUUUCCGCUUUAUGGAUAUGCAAGUGCACGCACCUCUCACACAAUAGCUGGUUUGUUACCUGCAAAUGCGACCCACCAAACUCGCUAUCUUCAUCACAUUGAACGAACUCUAUCAUUUUCAAACUAUUCUUACCAAUGGACGGUGGACGAAGAUAUUCCGGUGGGAGAAUAUCGACUCGGCAUUGGGUUUUAUUUCCAUCAAGUGUCUCCCGUAUUCCGUGUCACCUAAGAGCAAUUCACUAGCAAGCCGCCAACAACAUACCCUAUCGCUUUACGCUUUUUUUCGAUUUCAUGAUCUUGUUCUGGGAUAAUGCAUGUCGUCUCCGAUGCCGGGUAAUUUUAGAGUUGCUUUCAUGAGAUGUAGCAUCAUUUGAAAUCCAACCGAAACUGUAUAUACAACUGUGAAUUUCUUUUCUGCAAAAUCUCGCAAGGGACAAAUGCCGGGUUGGACGGUUACGGACUUUUUUUUUCUUUCCCAAGAAGG